UGUUGUUCCUUAAAGUCGCUAUUGAGGAAGGGUCUGCAAUGGGACUCCAUGUGACCAGAAUGCCAGGCCCCACGUGACCCUCACCGUUUGACUUGUAAUUGUCAAUUGAUAGUACGACAUGCGUCUGUCUCACUCAAACGCAUGUAUCUGCCAACUUCCUCUAGCUCCAUUCAUCGUUUGGUUGUGCCAUCUUGUGAUGAGUUGCGAAGUACAUUACCAUAUAUUGCUCUUUCUCGAUAUAUAUCUUAGUAAAAGAAUGCUACACGCGAAUCUAUUACUACUGAUGAUUGAUCUCUUGACUGAUCUGAUGUUUAUCUCGGAGAUCCUGCGGGUGAUCAUCUAGCACGGGACGGGAAUUGUUCCGACUGCCACUGCCGGGGAGUAUCCACACCUCCUUACUACUUAGUAAUGGACCAUGGAACCUCCUCC